GUAAGUAAUUAUUUAGGGAAGAAAGAAAGAAACAAAGUUGUCGCCCGUGCAAACCGCACGGGGAGGGAUUUUAUUUAUCGCGUAGCCCGGCGUAGGGCUGCUGGCUUCAAGCGUACAGGCGCCUGUUUCCUGCUCACUCUUCCCCCCACAAACUUCGCCGCUGCUAUUUCCAGUGAGUCCUGGACUGCAUUUUCAAAAGGGGAAUUAUAAUCGCAGUCGGACGGACUCAGCCACUGGGCUCUCUCUUUUUUUCCGGUGUGUGUGGAUACCAAGUCGUUCGUAACUUUUUCCCACCCGGGCACGUUUCUACCUGAGAUGAAUGGCAGAACUUUGGUGAGUCGACUAUCUGUGAACGAACGGAUUUAUGCUCUCUUCCUCCGCACCGGACCCACAUGAAGCAUCGGUCGUCCGCAUCCCAUUCAGCCCCUGCGCUUCGUGUGUGUGGGUAAAAUAGACUUAGCAGACAGUUUUCCGGACAAAAGAUCAAUGUUUGAAUGAAAGCGUGAGAGUGCAGGUGUAGGGCCACAUGAGGAACCACAAAAGAACCCCCCCUCGACCAUAGGUCACCCAUAAGUGUCCUGGGUGUUCGACUCUCCUCUGGACUGACUUGAACUAUCAUUAACCAGUAGGUUAAAUGGAUUCCUCCUCACCACCGUCCACCAGAGCCUGUGGAUCAUUCACGUUGAUGUCAAAACGGAAGACCUAAGACAUGCGACCCCCCUGAGUGUCCUUAUUUAGGUGUUUUCUAUUUAUUGUGUGCAUAGUCAUAUUUGCCCUGCUCCCGCGCUCAGUUGGAGGCCUGACUGAAGCGUCGUUUUUGCUGUUUGAUUUUUGGCUACAAGAGACUUGUAUCAUGGACCGGCCCAUUAGCAAGUUAUUGGAAAAGCUCAAGCUGACUGACUCGGGGAGCGUGAAAUUUCACAGUUCCAAGAAAAAGCAUGACACCACCAGCAACGCUAACAACAGCAACGCAAACACUGGGAACCCGGCGGGCGGCGGGCUGCCACCAGCACCCAGCCCUACUGCUGCCACCUCACCCUCCAGACCGGGCCACUUCCCUGUGACCACAAAUGAUGCAUGUGUUCCUGCAAGUGGCAGAGGAGCUGGGGUGGGAAUGCCCCCCUCUCAGCUUCUCAGCCCACCACAGACUUCCUCUUCCGUGGGCGCCCUUCCUUCAGAAGGGGAGCAGCCACUUCACCCCUCCACGCUGGCACCGCUCAGACGACGCUCCCCCCAGCAGCGGGCUUCCUGUUACCUGGGUGAAGGUAUGGACUCCCAUCUGAGACGGGAGUCGGGCCUGGGCCCAGAAUGUGACUCAUUAGGGGGAUUUGGCUCCAAAGCUUCUCUGAAUCAGCGGCGCUACUCGCUGGAACUCCAGCAGCUGGUUAGAAGACAGCAGCUUCUCUCACAGCCCCCGCCUCUCUCUGUCCCCCCACCGUACCAGUCUGCAGGAGCUUACGGGUCAACAUCCAGACCUGCGGGAGGAGGACUGGCGGAAACGGGCUACCUGCCCGAGCCAGAGAGGCACAAGCGUCUCUCUCUCCAGGAAGCCUUGUUGUACAAGCGCCUCAGCACAGGCAGUGAGCUGUGGGAAAGCACUCGCCCUGCCUCUCUCUCUCAUCCGCCACAUAGACCCUCUGAUGUGACUGGAGCAGGAGGGGGGUUCUUCUACCCGCCAGGACCAACACUGAGCCCAUGCUCAUCAUUCAGCCUCCAAGAGUCCCUGUUGGUCAGUCCAAGGUCCAGCUUUGCAUCCAGCACGGCCAGUGGUGGUGGAGGAGGAAGUCCCAUGGGGAGCCGCUGCAGCAGUAACCGGACCAGUGGCAUCAGUCUGGGUUAUGACUCUCGCUACUCUGCCUCUGGAGGCCUCCCACCUCAGCAGCUGUCCCCCUCCAUGCAGACAGGGGGCUCCGCGGCUGGCUAUGGAGCUCCCGGGCGACCUGGUGUGACCCCUGUGGAGGCCUGGACUCAGUAUUUGGACAGGGGCCUGCGCGCAGGUGCUCAAGACACACGGCAUUCUUAUCCUCCAGCAGUAGGAAGUCCAGCAGCGGCCUGCUAUCAGUCUGGUCCAGAGUGGUGGGAGGAGCAGCGCGUAUGGAUGAGAGGAUCAGAAGGGGGCGUGUUGGGGGAAAGGGCUCGCUAUUCAGACCUGCCCGGCACCAGGUAUCAAGAGGAGCUGACCCGGCUUCUUCUCAGAGACGCCGCAGUAGAAGGGGAGGGUCUUCUGGACGGUCUGAUGCUGAAAGAGCAGUCGAUGGCCUUGUUGGCGCUUGCGAAACCCAACAAAGCUCUAGGACCUUCUUCAGCAGGCGGACCGGUCCAAACUAAGGAAGAGCCGGCAGUGGCAGCGGGAAGAGACGCCGGGGAGAACCGGCAGGAGUUCUUUGGAACCUGCGUCAAGUGUGGGAAAGGUGUGUACGGGGCGGACAACGCCUGCCAAGCCCUGGACAGCCUCUAUCACACGCGCUGCUUCACCUGUGUGUCCUGCGGACGCACACUGAGGAACAAGGACUUUUACAACGUCAGUGGAGCUGUGUACUGUAAAGAGGAUUACAUGUUUUCAGGUUUCCAGGCUGCUGCUGAGAAGUGCAGUGUGUGCGGCCACCUCAUCCUCGAACAGAUCCUGCAGGCUCUGGGGAACUCCUAUCACCCGGGAUGUUUCCGCUGUGUGGUGUGUGCCAAAGCUCUGGACGGGGUUCCUUUCACGGUGGACCAGCACAGCAGCAUCUACUGUGUGGCCGACUACAACAAGACUUUUGCUCCAAAGUGUGCCGCCUGUUUACAACCAAUAUUACCUACGGAGGGCAGCGAGGAGAUCCUCAGGGUGGUGUCCAUGAACAAAGACUACCACUUUGAGUGUUACCACUGUGAGGAGUGUGGCAAGCAACUUUCGGACAAGCCCGGCGCACAGUGCUUCCCACUGGACUCUCAUCUCUUGUGCCACUCCUGUCACGUGAGCAGAGUGUGCACCACGCACAACAUUCCCCCUCACUGAUGUGUGGACGUUUGCCGAGGAAGAACCUGCUGAUAUUUGGAUGUUUCCAGCGAUGGGUGACAUGAUGGGUCACCUGCUGAACCAUCGCUGUACCAUUGUGAGAGGGGAAAGGGAGAGAAACUACUGUUAUGUUUUUGUUUGUGGCUACUGUGGAUGUAGAAGAACAAGGGAUUUUACUUAACUGUUUUGUACCAAUUAGCAAACAUUUUGCACUUAAACUUAAUUUUACUGUAAGAGCUUUGUAAACCUGUAUAAUUGGGGGAAAUAACUGUAUCCGCUGAAAUAAAUAUUUUUCAUCUGUGCUUUGAAAUAAGGUGUGAUUCUUCAAGUGACAAAUGUGUUACAGAAAACGAUCAGAUUUCCAAUUUAGAUUUAUUCACUUAAACUCUCAGUACAUUCAGCACUUUAAAAAGAAACAAAAACAGGUGAACUAAAAGUUAAAAAUGAUCACAUUUGAGCUUGUCACCUCCACUUCAGUAUGACUGACAGGUGAGGAGGCUCCUCUCUCUGCUGC